AUGCUCUUCACCAAAGUCCUCCUCGCUCUCCCCUUCAUCGGCGCCGCUUUCGCCGCCCCCACCUUCGGCUUCAAGUCGUCAUCCUCUUCUUCGGUAUCCAUCGGCGGGAAGCACAGCGUGGACAUCCUGGCUGUGGUGACUGACCUCAAGGCCUCGGUGUCUACAUCUUGCGGCGGGAUCUCCCUCACCUCUACGCAGGUCGAGGUCGAGGCCGCUCUUUGUGCGGUCAUCAGCGCAUUCGACACCUGUCAGUCCUCCUUUGAUGUCGGUGCCGGUGCCGGGAUUGGCCUUGGCAUUGGCGGUGGGAUUGGCUCGGACUUGAAAGCCCUUCUGAAGGGAAAGCUCCAAAUCGGCGCCAACGUCAAGGCUGAAGUCGCCGCGGUCCUCGCCGAGACCAUUCAGCUCGUUGACGGUCUCAUCUGCAACAUUUCUGAGGAGAUCAAGGUUAUCCCUUCUGUCGAUGGGUACCUCUGCCAGCUCUCCCCCUUGAUCAAGAAGCUCCUCUGCAGCGUCGAGAAGGUCUGCACUGGCGUCAUCGGUCUUUGCGGCAAGGCGCUCGUCAAGCUCGGCUGUGUCCUGACUCCCCUCCUCUCUGGCGUCAACGGCCUUCUCGGCGGUCUCCUUGGCAACAUCUUGGGUUAG